CCCGGAGAGCGCCUGUACGCGUCGCACCCCGAAAAACAGAACUGGUGACCCUAUAUAGUGUCUGUGACGUGUUUCAGUGUCAGCACAUGCGUGGAAAUGACCAUAUCGAUGAUUGUGAACAAAUGUUUGUGACUUGUGAUUAAGUGCUUGCGUGCGACUAAGUAAGUGAGUUGGGUGCGAGUUCGUGUGGUUACGUUGCAUAGGUACCGCCGAUGUAACCGCAACGCUUCGCAGCCGAAACGUCGGAAGACAAAUUCUCCUCAGAAGAACGAUGUCGAUUAAAAAGUCGGACGUUAUACAAAGAACGAUGAGUGUGCUGAGGGGGUUUUAGUGAGAAAUUGUGAAAAAUAGAAAGAGUGAAGAUGUCGGUAAAAGCGAGCGUUGGUUAAACAAAAAGGGUAAAAAUGGCCUUCAAAGGAUUCUGUGGCGAAGUGAUCGGGUUUUUCCUGGCUGUGGGUUUUUGCAUCAUAUGUCCGGAAUAUGUAUCAUCAGCACAGCGCGAACUCGGCAAGGGUUCGCCAACGAACGCCUCCGCCACGGCGUCGCCGGCUGGGUCUGCGGAUAACGCGAUCCGGUCCGGAGCGGCCCUCGACGGCCCAAGGCCAACACCUCGGACUGGGCCUUAUUUCGACCUGAUGGCGUCUAAAAACGUGACAGCGUUGCUCGGAAAAACGGCAUAUCUAAACUGCCGGGUCAAGAAUUUAGGGAAUAAAACGUUAAACAUGCAAGUAUCAUGGGUACGGCACAGAGACAUCCAUCUGCUGACAGUCGGCCGGUACACAUACACGAGCGAUCAAAGGUUUAGAGCCAUUCACUUGCCGCACUCUGAGGACUGGACUUUACAGAUCAAGUAUCCACAACACAGGGACUCGGGAAUUUACGAGUGUCAAAUAUCUACGACUCCUCACAUGAGUCAUUUUAUACAUCUCAACGUUGUUGAGCCAACAACAGAGAUAAUUGGCGGCCCUGACCUCUACAUAGACAGGGGCAGCACUAUCAACCUUACCUGUGUGGUUCUGUACUCACCUGAACCGCCAGCAUACAUAUUUUGGAACCACAAUGAUGCGAUAAUAAGCUACGACUCCCCGAGAGGAGGCGUGUCGGUGGUGACUGAGAAGGGGGAGACGACGACCUCAUUCCUGCUAAUCCAGCAGGCAAGACCUUCAGAUUCUGGGACGUAUCAGUGUAACCCGAGCAACGCACAGUCCAAGAGCAUCGUGGUGCACGUCCUCAAUGAAGCAAAUUCGAUUUUUCCUUUAUCAGGUGAGUACCCUGCGGCGAUGCAGCGAGGAGGGCAGGCGUUCGCACCAACAUCGCCGACACACUGCCUUGUGUUGGUUGCUUGCCUGUUCAUCACACUCUCUUGACAAAUACGGAUCUUUAACUAAAUGUAAAUACAAUGAUUUUAUCAACAUCAGCUGCUUAUAUUGACAAUGUGGAUUUCCAGAAGGUAUUAACUUUGCCCAACAUUUUCAAUACAACUGGCUGAGACAAUUUGCUAUUUUAUAGUGUGGGUUGUGUUAUGUACAAUAUAAAGUAAAUUACUUUACAAGAGCAAGUAGGAUAUGCUUGUUCCAUAUAGUGUUGUAUAUAGUGUAAAAUAUAAAGCGUGUUAAUCGUAUUAAUUUGUGUAAUGAUAAUUAGAUUUGAUUUCCAACAUAUAAAGAACCCUUGUCACUCGUAAGAUUAUACUUCCAAGUAAAAUAUUGUAACAGGAAUGUAACGAAUAUUUUGUAUUACAUUAAUUGGCGAAUAAAACGUAUAAUUGUUUAUGAUAGAUGUGUAUUAGAGAAAAAUGAUGACGAAAAAUUUAAUCAAAUGAAAGAACAAAAAGAUAGUGGACACAGGAAUGUAUAAACAGCUGACAAUACUACGUUUAAAACACAAAAAGAAAAUGUAAAUAGUUGAGGUUAUACGAAUCACUCUAUCUAGCCUUUAAUAAUAUCUGUACUAAGUGAUGUAAAUUGUAAGUAAGUUUUUAGUAAAUUUUGUGAAUCUAAAUGAUGUUGUAAAUAGUAUUUGUAAGAUGACUUUUGCAAAGGGGUCUUGGUAAAGUAUAGACAGAAAAUAAUAUUUGUAUAACUUGAUAAAACCACAGCAUUCUUGAAACUUGCAAAAAAAUCGUAUUAUUUCCUAAUUUUGGAACUCACUUGAAAAUAUGUUUAAUUAAAUAAAAAAUGCAUAUCGAAAAUAAUUGAAAUUAAUUUUGGAAUACUUGUAGUAAGACCCAUUUGAAAAAGUAGGAUAUUGUAUAAUAAUAAAAAUAUAAAAAUAAUAAUAGAGUAGAUAGUCGUAAGCGUAAACUAGGAGAAGAUAUUUUACAUAGUUAGAAAACAAUUCUGAUUUCAAAUCGAAAAUUGUUUGUGUACUUUAAUAUUCUUCCUGUGACCGAUAUAUUUCUAUAUAAAAAAUAUAACGAAAUAAAAUACGUAAAAAUACUUCAAGAUGUGUAAAACUUUCGUUGCCUAUAAAAGUGUACCUUAAUUUCGAAAAUUGUAUAAAAACCUAAUCUUGUCCCCCGUCCCUUUAUUUUUUAAGGCUCGUUACUUAUUGCUAAAAUAUCGAAGUGCUUUUAGACAGAAACUGUCGUUAAAAACUUACAUUUUUUUAUUAAUUUUUCACUACACUGUACAUAAAAAGCUGUCCAGCUUUAAUCCCGCUGAAUCUCGAUGUAAAAUAACGAAAUAAAAAAAUAAAUUGAAAGUGUUUUUUCUUGAAUUAGGAUACGACAGAUCUUGAUAAUUAUUAUAACCAGUUAUUAUUAUGUCAAAAGUUUAUUAUUGUAUACAAGUAACAAUAGUAUUAAAUAAAUUUGUUGUAUGUAUUACGAUACCUGAAGGUGCGGUGCUCCGCAUUAUAUAAUUACAUGUGUAAUAAACAUU